AUGCGAAAGAAUGGCCAAAGAGUAUCUCCCAGUUCUGGCCAUGGAGCAUCUCCCAGUUCUGGUCGUGGAGCAUGUCCCAGUUAUAGCCCUGGAGCAGGUCCCAAUUCUACCCCUACAACAUGUCCCAGUUCUAGCCCUAGAGCAUCUCCCAUUUCUAGCCCUGGAGUAUGUCCAAGUUCUAGCACUGGAGCAUAUCUCAGUGCUAGUUCUGGAGUAUGUUCCAGUUCAUGCUCUGGAGUAUGUCCCGUUUCUAACUCUGAGGCACGUCCCAGUUCUAGCCCUGAAACGUGUCCCAGUUCUAGUCCUGUAGCAUGUCCCAGUGCUAGUCCUGGAGGAUUUCCCAAUUCUAGGCCUAGAGCAUGUCCCGUUUCUAGCCAUGGAGCAUGUCCCAAUUCUAGCCCUGAUGCAUGUCCCAGUUCUCACCCUGAAACAUGUCCCAAUUCUAGUCCUGAGGCAUGUCCCAGUUCUAGCCCUGAAACGUGCCCCAGUUCUACUCCUGUAGCAUGUCCCAGUUUUAGUUCUGGAGCAUGUCCCAAUCCGCGGUUUCACGGCUAG